AUGAUAAAAGUAAAACAAUUGCUACUGCCGACAUCUCGAAUACCAGAAUUUUAUUUUGGGAUCUCGAGAAAGAGCAUUUGCGAAGUACAUUAUAGAUCAUUUUGUAAUACUGAGAUAACAUCAAUUAAACUCGAUCAAGAACAAAACAAAACCAAUAGUAGUGCGCAUAAUCCUGAAAGAAGCACUCAAAACUUAUCUAAGUUUAAUGAAGUACCUAAUGCUUUACUCCAAAUGUCAUACGAUAUGCAUCAUUCGACUACUAAGAAUAACAACACCAUACAAGAGAACAAUGAAUCUAGACUAAUUUCAGAGGUAGUAUUUAAAGAAAAAUGGAAACUGAAAUUUAUCGAAGCUGAUCCCAUGACGAUUAAAAAUAUUUUAGUUAUGAUAAGAAGCAACGAAUGCAUAUUUUCAAUUUCACAAAUGUUACUGCUAGUAAAAUGCCUAGAAACAUAUAACAAAGAGUAUCAUAUUUAUGUCCUAGCAAGAGCAUAUUUGAAGCUGUUACCAAACUUGAGAGAUGACUCAAAUGAAUUCCAUGGCCUUUUGGUACAUUUUCUCAGGACCGCAAGUAAACUGGGUGACUAUCGAUUAUGCGAGGAGCUGUUUUCAUUAUAUAUUAAACUACCAAUUAUAGAUCCUAAGAUAAUUCGAAUUGGCUUGCAAGCGUUUAUAAAAAAUGAUAAUUUUGAUCUCGCAAAAGAAUUUUACAUUCAAGUUUUGAACAACCCAGAAACCUUCCCCAUGUUCGUCGAUGACCUUUAUUCUUAUUUAUUAGAUUUAUUUCAAUACAAGGAUUAUGAAGCAAUGGAUUAUGCAUAUAAAUUAUGGUUACUGAAAAAAUGUAGUAUAAAAAUUGAAAGUAAAUUUGACCCUAAUAGAAAUGUUUUAUCAUUAAUGCAUAAAACUUAUAUGAAAUCGUCGAGAUCAGAAUUAUUAGAUGAAUUCUUGAAGGAUGCUUUUGUUAAGAGACAAAAGUAUAUCGAUUCUACAGAAUUUAAAUUGAUUGAAUUUUAUAACAAAUUGCAUCAAGAUCAUUUAAGUGAGCCCGUAAACAUUGAGGAACUACAUACAAAUAUUGAUAAUUUUAUUAAUUUAAUUGGGGAGGACAGAGAAAUCCUUAGAGGCUUUUACUUAUCUGUACUGGAUAUAUUGAUAACAAAGAAAAAUAUUCAAACAAUACAGUAUCUUACAACCAAGAUUCACACGAAUCUUGACAUUGCAUUUGAUACCGAGUUCCUCGUAUUAGGAGCAAAGUAUUUUGUCAGGACAGGAUCGGUACAAAAUUUGGUUGACUAUUACACUCAUCUUAUGGUGAAUAAACAUCAAAAUGUAAAUAAUAAUGAGAGAGUUCAACUUAACCAAGAAUUAUUCUUACAAUUUAGAGAUUGCUUGGUAAACAAAUACCCUUUUUUAGUACGGGAAAUCACCAAUGAAUUAAGAAUAUUCACAAAGGAUAGAAAAUUGCUUAAUGAACUUUAUUGGCUAAAGAAUGUAGACAAGAACUUAAGUAGAAUAUCAAAGAAGCAAGCACUUGGAGGUACCGAAUAUCAAAUAUCAUAUUUAAAUGAUAUUGACUACUAUCGAUAUGAUACUUUUUGUAAUCAAUUAAAACUUUUAGAUUUAAAACAUACAGAAGAGACAUUAAAUGAUAUCAUAAGAGGUAGAACGCGACCAUCGCUCGAACUUUGUUACUUAAUGUUACAAGAUUCACUGAAUAUGAAACUCCCAAGAAUUAUUAAUCUGCUGCAUAAUUACUUACGAGAUGCAUACAAACAGCUUCCAAUAAAAUUUGAUAUUCUGUGGCUAAAGCAGAACAUAAAAGAAAGUGAAGCUUUAGGAUACUAUCAUAAUAGGGGGGGAGGAAGGUUUGGAGUGAUAGAAGAAAUUAAAGUCAGAGAAAUUGUAAACAAAUAUAAAGGUAAUUUAACGAUUUUUGAUUACUUGAAAUUAGCCCAUAUAGCUAUAAAUAAUAAUUCUUUCAAGAUUGUGCCAUCUUUGUUAGAGUCAAGUUAUUUACUGCUAAACAAGGAUGACAGCAAAAAUUGGUAUUAUUUUUAUUUAGCAUCUCUGAAAUAUACCGCCAGAGAAUAUAAUUAUAAGAAUUUUCUCUUUCUUCUAAAAAAUUGGAACAAUAAUGAACAAGCUGAUUACUUAACGAAUGGUUGCAUACGACAAUUGAAAUCAUUUACCAAAAUAUUCAUAAAGAGAAUGGACAAAAUAGAAGAUUACGACAAAAAUAUUAUGGAUAAAAUAGAUAAUGAAGUAGAAAUUUUGAAAAAUCGAUAUAUUAAUAAGAAAUUUGAAGGUUUAAAUGAUAUAACCUUAGCCACAUCUUUUUUAAAAAAAUGGAUAGAACAUGAUAUUGAUUUGAAAUUUAAGGCUCUUGAAAGAAAAAAGGCAAAUAAUAUUCAACAGUAUACCGUAACAAAGGCAGAAUAA